CACUCUCCCCUCCUCCUCGCUGUCUUCUUCUCCGGACCUCCAGUUCAAAAAUUCGCUCGCUCGCGCAGUCGCGCCCAAACUCCAAACCCUACCCGGUCCGACCUCCCCGCCCCGCCGGAUCCCUGCGCGGAACAUGCGGGAUCUGGGCCCAUGGCGACCGGCCCCGAUCUGACCUCCUCCUCCGCCGCCGACGCCGCCUCGUCGGCGGCCAAGAAGGACCGCCACAUCGUGAGCUGGAGCGCCGAGGAGGAUGACGUGCUUCGUGCUCAAAUCGCGCACCUUGGAACUGACAACUGGACAGUUAUAGCGACACAAUUCAAGGAUAAGACUGCUAGACAGUGCAGGAGGAGAUGGUACAAUUAUUUGAACACUGAGUGCAAGAAAGGCGGGUGGUCUCGUGAAGAAGACAAGCUUUUAUGCGAGACUCAAAAGGUUCUUGGUAACAAAUGGACUGAAAUAGCAAAGGUUGUCUCCGGGAGGACUGAUAAUGCAGUGAAGAAUAGGUUUUCCACAUUAUGCAAAAGGCGGGCCAAUAAUGAUGACCUGUUCGAGGAAAAUACUGCAGUAUGUUCCAAUGCAAAUGCAAAGAGGGUACUGACACAGACUGGUGGCCUCACACGUGGUGCACCUAGCUCCUCGCCACCUAUUAACAUGAGGUCUUGCAAACUUGAUUUCAAGGAGAACAUAGCACCAAAUACGAAGUCAUUUGGACAAGAGAAGAGCAUAGGACAAGAUUCUCGGCAACCCCUUGCUGACCUUUGUCCACCCAAUCAAAGUGUGAAUAUUGUGGAAACCCAAAAUUCUGUUACUAGGACCUCAGCAAAGCAAUUAUAUGGUGAGGAGCAGAGUUGUGUGAAGCACGAGGGUAAUUUCUUGAACAAGAAUGAUCCAAAGUUUGCUACAUUACUUCAGCAAGCUGAUUUGCUUUCUUCCCUAGCAACAAAAGUAAAAACUGAAAACACGAGCCAAAGCAUGGAUGAAGCCUGGCAGAAGUUACAGCAUCAUUUGGUUAAGAAAGAUGACAAUGACAUGUCAGAAAGCAGCAUGUCUGGAACAGCUUCACUCCUAGAGGACCUCGACGAUUUAAUUGUAGAUCCCUAUGAGAACGAAGAGGAAGAUGAACAAAUGUCCAGCGAGCAGAAUGGAGUAACAUCAGAAAUGGCUCCUGAUCAUAUAAUGGAUAAUUGCCCAGUAGAUCAGGGCACAGAAGAUGAUAUUCUCUGUGGAAUCACACUGUCUAGUUGUAUGGAACCUUCCCCAGGUGCAGAGAUUCUAGCUUAUGUAAACUCAGAUGAGACUGCUGGAGAUGGGGGGCUUCAUUGCAUGGAAUACAGUUCUCCUGAGCAGACAGCUCUGCAAGCUAAAGCAGAUGCGGAAAUACCAGCAUCUGUAGACUUGAGUGAGGCUGCCGAAGAUAGCUGGUCUCAGUUCACGGAAUACAUGUCUCCUGCUCAUACAGUUUUGCAUGCUGAAGAUGCAGAAAAACCAGUAUCAGUAAACUUGAGCGAGGCUGCCGAAGGUAGCUUGCCUCAAUGUAUGGAAUACAUGUCUCUUGCUCAUACACUUUUGCCAGCUAAAACAGAACCAGAGAUACCAGCAUCCGUAAACUUGAGUGAGGCUGCUGAAGGUAGAUUACCUCAGUGUACGGAGUACAUGUCUCCUGCUCGUAUACUUUUGCCAGCUAAAACAGAUCCAGAAAUACCAGCAUCCGUAAACUUGAGUGAGGAUGGUAAAGAUGACAGUCUUCAAUGUACAGAAUACACCUCUCCUGCUCAUACAGAUUCACAAGUUAAUGCUGAUGCAGAAAUACCAGAGAAGGUUGCCCGAGAUAGCAGGCUUCAAUGUGUUGAAUUUGCUUCCCCUGCUCACAGAGCUGUCAAAGGUAAAGCAUGUGUCCGAAAACAAGCUUUGGAGAACUGUAGCGAGGUUCCGAAAGAUAGCAACACACACCCAUGCAUGGAAUUCGCCUCUCCUGCUCAUACAGUCCCAACUUUCCAUCCAUACACAGAGAACGUGCCAACUCCAAAAAUUACUGCCAGUGAGAAGAAUUUUCUGCUGUCGGUGCUUGAAUUGGCCUCGCCUGGUUCGAAGCCAGAGACUUCUCAACAGCCUUCUUGCAAAAGGGCUCUUCUUAAUAGCCUUUGAGAGGGGUAUAUAUAUCUUUUAUGCAAAUAAAUUUUGCAU